AUGUCUUACGGCGGCAACGACGACUCCAACUACGGUUCCUCCCGCAGGGACAACGAGGACAGCUACGGCACCUCGGGCACCACGGGCUACAGCUCCUCCGCCACCCGCCGCAACGACGACGACAACGACAACAGCUUCGGCUCUUCCACCACCCGCCGUGACAACGAGGAUUCGUACGGCUCCUCUACCACUCGUCGCGACAACGACACCUUCGACUCGUAUGGCUCCUCCGGCCUAGGCCGUAGCGGCAACGACUCGACAUACAGCUCAUCGCGCGGCGACAAUGACAACACCUACGGCUCUUCUACCACCCGUCGUGACAACGAUGCUUCGGACUCGUACGGCUCCACCCGUCGCGACAACGACACCUCGGACUCGUACGGCUCCUCCACCACCCGCCGUAACAACGACAACGACAACGACGACUCGUACGGCUCUUCUCGCAAGACCGGCUCCUCGGCCUUCGACUCCACCUCGUCCAACCUCGCCGGCGCCGACUCGCUCUCCUACAACGCCUCAGAGAACAAGGGCCGUACCUACGAUAACGACGAGUCAUCGUACGGCACCACCACCACUGGCAGCCGCCGUGACAACGACACCUCGGACUCGUACGGCUCCUCCACCCGCCGUGACAACGACACCUCGGACUCGUACGGCUCCUCCACCCGCCGUGACAACGACACCUCGGACUCGUACGACUCUUCUACUCGCCGUGACAACGACACUUCGGACUCGUACGGCUCCUCCACCCGUCGCGACAACGACACCUCGGACUCGUACGGCUCCUCCACCACCCGCCGUAACAACGACAACGACGACUCUUACGGCAACAGCGGGGACAGGAAGGGCGACAGCACGGUCGGCAAGAUCCUCGAGAAGGCCGGCGACCUCCUCAACAGCGACAAGCUCGGGUCCAAGGGCCAGGCCAAGCGCGAGAAGGCUGGGUUCGGCAACGACGACAACGAGUACUAG